AAUAAAAUAGCAACCAAGCUUUAGGGUGCGUCAUUUUGUUGUUCUUAGUCCGUCAAGUUCGUUUCAGUCAAAUUCUCCCUGUUUAAAGACACCAUGAGGGUCGUUUUCAUCCUCUCCAUUUUGGCCUUCUUAUUGGAUAAUCCAACUGAAGCCCAAAUACCCCAAUGUUUACCUGCAUUAGCCAGCUAUCUUGAGAACCAAGCUUCGCUGUUGGAGAGUGUCAAAUCCGAUCUUGAAAGCACUCAGCAACAGUUGCAACAGUCCAUUGGUAAAUGGCCUCCAGGUCAUUACUGUAUUCUGGCUAGUGGUUCCUGUCCAGCUGGAUUUAGUCGUUCCGCAGGCCAUAUGCGUGCUAUAAACCAAUACUCCGCAACUGCUACUUACAUCCAACCGGCUACGUUCGGGGAUAGUAAGAUCCAGUGCCACGGAAACUGCGGUCAGUACGGGAAUUGGGUCGGGGAUCUGUAUAUCACAGCGUGCUGUAAGUGACGGAAAGACGGAAAGCUUUAUACUACAGACAGCCACACAUAGUGGUUUUAAACAAUCAAAGUAAAAGUACUGUAAUUAGCUGUAUUCUUACUAAUAAAGAGCAAAUAAUAGUGUUUGACUAAUGUA